GUGGCAUCAGCCAGAGAGCUGGCAAUCACUGUGAAGACCAAGGAUCCGGCGAUCCUCCACAACAGACAGGCGGAGGCCACCAUGAAGGCUCUCCCCUACAAAACUUCCACUGGGAACUUUCUCCAUGUUGGGGUUUGUUCUAAUGAGUUGAAGAUUGGAGACCCCAAUCUGAUCAAUCUGAACCUGGGAUCCACCCCCAUACAAAUCCAUGACAUUACAUACAUGUUCCCGAGUAGAGGUCAGCUGGUGAAAGUGGGCCGAUUUAAAAGACAGGGCAACGCGCUGGUGACACUGUCAGUGGCUGUCUCCAAGGAGAUGCUUCCGUCGUUCCGCAUCGUAGCGUACUACCAUGUGGGAGCAGCUGACCUGGUGGAAGAGUCUGUCUGGGUUGACAUCAAGGUCUCCCGCAUGGGAUCACUGAAAGUGACAUGGACCAGGCCCAAGGCAUCCUAUGAGCCUCGUAAGGCUUUCAGUCUAACCAUCACUGGAGACCCGGGAGCGAAAGUAGGGCUGGUGGCUGUAGACAAGGGAGUCUACGUUCUCAACAGCAAACACCGUCUCACACAGACCAAGAUCUGGGACACCAUAGAGAAGCAUGCUACAGGCUGUACAGCUGGAGGGGGAGCAGACAUUCUGGGGGUGUUCUACAAUGCUGGUCUGGUAUUUGAGACCAACACUGCUAAAGGGACUGGGAUCAGAACAGACCCCAGCUGUCCUGUUAGUUCUAGGCGGUGA